AAAAUGGCAGCAACAUUGCAAAUAAGCGAGUUUGAUAGUGAAGACCAAAUAAUUAAAGAAAUAGCAAAACAAGAAGAGACAACGUCGUUGAAAUACAUAAUCUUGCGCAAAGACAAACGUUUUGGGCGAAAGGAUGCACACCCUUUGGAAGGAAAGAAGAUCAGCUGGGAGGUAAAAAGUCACCCAUUCAAUGGAGUUCCAUUUCAGGUUGUGGGCACAAGCACAUAUGAAUGCCAUCAGGGGAAAGACCGACAAGUAAAAGCUAAAGAGAAACAUGCUGCUAAAAUGAACAAGAAGGCGCUUGAAGACCAUGCCUUAAAGAGACGGAAACAAAAUACAAAGAAGGUGGACUGCAAGGCUUUAAUAAACAUUGCCCACAUUAUCCGCUUUCCUGGUUUUAAGAUUGAGGAGAGUACUGUGCGCUCUAAAAAGGAGGCCUCCAAAGAUCUGAAGGCAGCUCUAAGUGAAAAACCAAGCUCUGUGAAGGCAGAGGUUGUCUACUGUGUCAGGUUCCCCUCUCUCUCUGAGCAUAGCUCACACGCACUUGUUGGUGAGAGGUCCUCUAAGAAGAACUUGAAGAUGUUGCAGAAGCAAUGUGCAGGCUAUCUAAAAGAAAUCACAGACCUCACCUAUCAUCUUCAAGAUGAACAGUACAUGACUGGCCUGUCUUCACAUCUGCAAAGCCUAUUGCAGGAAAUGAAAGGACUUGUCCCACAGGAUAAAGAUCUCACACUGACCCUUUCCCCAAGGAAGAGAAAGGCUGAGGAGGACAUGGCCACCCUACCAACCCAGGGAGCAUCGCAACCUUUCACCGACAGUGUAGGACAGCAUGCAGAUUUACAGAACACAUGCGAAGAACCAUGUUUGCCAAACUGAGUGUGGAGUGAGAUUGCUUGUAGGCAGGGAGCCUAGGGCGCCGGAGAUGGCAGUGUGUGUAUAUAUAUAUAUGUGUUGUUUUUUUUUUUUUUUUUCAGAAUAUUUUAUUUUUGAGAGCUGUGUUUUGUGGUAACCCAAGCCUGCCAGCAUACUUGUUGUACCAUUUUAAUAUUAAUUGUAAUAAAAUAAAAAUACAAUUGGGUGAUAAUCCUGUAUGCAGUGGUGAAAAAAUUACCCAAUUGUCAUACUUGAGUAAAAGUAAAGAUGCCUUAAUAGAAAAUGAAAGUCACCCAAUAAAAAACUACUUCAGUAAAAGUCUAAAA